AAUCAUUUAACUGUGGUAUGUAUUCUUGGUUGUCUAUUGUGCGGAUUUUUACUUGGCAAUUGAUUUAUUGAAAUACUAAAAUUCGGGUUAAUUCCGAAUAACCAUGGCUAUCGGUGACUAUCCGAAAGAGUACAACCCAGCAGUUCAUGGACCAUAUGAUCCAGCGCGUUACUAUGGAAAGCCCGACACUCCUUUCGGGCAGGUUAAGUUGAGCGAGGUGGGAUCAUGGCUCGCACGCAGGAACAAAAGCCCAUCUGCGUUCAUGGGUGCCUGCAGCCGAGCUUGGUGGAGUUGGCAGCACAAGUAUAUGCAGCCAAAAAGAGUUAAUGCAGCUCCGUUUUUCCAAUUACUUGUUGGCAGUAUGACAUUCUUCUACGUGAUCAACUACGGCAAAAUCAAGCACCACAGAAGCUACAAAUACCACUAACUGUGAAAAUGGAUGGUUUAAUGCAAUAUUUAUGUGUAUGAAAUGUAAAAUUUAUGCAUGUAUCUAUUCUAGGUUGCAUUCAAUAAAAACAACAAUGCUAGUAUAAUAAAGUAGUUU